CUUUUUGAAAGUUAACCUAUAUCAAAUGUAUACUUAGUGACUUUUUGCAAUCAACAGACGAUAUGCUUAAAACAAAUCGAUUAGGGUAGACUUUGCAAAUAAGCGGCUCAUAUAAGUGAGUUACCAUGUGUUAUUAGGAAUAAAAAAUUCAUCAUGUAACUAAAACUUGUAUAGCAAACAUAUAAUCUUCUAUUUAUUAACUUCUCUAUUAUCUGAUAAUGCAAAAUCAUAACACCCCAUGAAAACAUGCUUGUCGUUAAUCGGAAAACUCGUCAUGCCAUUCUUUUGCUAAUACGAUAGUUAAUUACCUAUAAAAAUGCUUUCACAUUCAAAAUGUUAGAAAGGUAAAUUAAAGAGAGAAUAAAAUCGAGGGGUGGAAGUGCCAUUGGUUAAAAUAUGAAACAAAGUGCUUUAGGAGAUUUCCUUAUGGCGAGGAGGCAUAGAGCAAAGCUCAAGUAUCCUGACAGGACCUCACCAAGAACCUGCCCGCGACCCAAUAAAACUGACAAGGAUCUGAUUAAUAAAAUAAUCAAAGAUCCUGCGGUAGUGCAGCAGGAAACUGAACAGAAUAUACAGAAGUUGAAGAAGUUACCCAAACCAGGAGAAGUGUACAAGGACUAAUUUGGUUUUAAAAAUAACGAACCUCACCCCUCUAGGCUUAUUUUAAAAAAAAAAUGUUAAUUGAAUUAAUAAAUAUUAA